CCCCCGUCUUCGUUGGACUUGGUACCGACAUCGUACAGUCAGACAUGCAAAAAGUACUGAUACACGACCAUCCAGCCCGAACCCGUCUUUGGCCACCCAUCCACCCCAAACAGACCACCCUCGCCACUCCGCAACACCUUUGUGCCAAGAAGACACUCCCAAGACAGCCAACCCGGACACGACGACGAAGACAGCGACAACGAAGAUGAAGAUGACGACGGCGAUGCAGAUCGCACAUGGGUUCGCAGUCAAUCCCCUUCGACAUCUGUGUCCCAGUUUGCAGCCAAUCUCGCGCAGCGCGUCGGUUCAUUCAUGACUCCAGCAUUAUCCAGUAAAGCUCUCCCUACAGAUGCAGAACUGGAGGCAGAGGCCAGGCGGGAACGAGAUCGGAGCAGGCGCGAGGCAGAAAUGAUCCUCACUCGCGAAGCCGAACAGAGAAGGGCAAUGGAGGAGCGCGUCCUUGCCAUGAUGAACUCCUCCCCGCAGUCCUUGCCUCCCCCGCAACGCGCGAGAUCGCAGACGCUUCCUAACCCACCCUCUCCCGCACGUUCUGCACAGGAAGCCGGGACCGGGCCCAGUUGGUGGACCGCUGCGAAGAACCGACUAACACCAACCAAGGAAAAGGAACCCCUCACGCCAGCACAGCAAAUCGUCAAGGAAGUCAAAGCACGCGAGAAGGAAAAGAAGGUUGUCAAGGGUAAAGACAGGGGCACGUCAGAUCUCAAUCUCCAGCCCCCACCUGGCAGUUCUCAUCCACACACGUCUUCCCCAACGUCCCCUAGCCCCAACAGGACCCCCGUGAGGCUGUCUCCGCAACCGGCGGCACAGCCGCCCAUUAAUCUUUCUCCAAUCUCACUACAAAGAGGUACUUCUCCGGGCGGAUCACCCGCCCGUGAACAACCUCCUCUCUACGCGUCCUUUACACCAUCCGGUACGUUGGAUGUGCCCGGAACCCUAUUAAUAAUCGCAAAACGCUUCGAGAAGCUCGAGCGUUGGUCCGUUUCUCACGUCCGUGCGCUCGAGGAACGCAUGGGCGACGUAGAACGAUGGCUCGUUGAAAGAGAAAGUGAGCGCGGGAAAGAUAAGGACGAUGGAGGAGAGGAUGCGCGUUCUUCAGAGCCAGAGAUAAGUGGACUUCGAGAUGACGUCGCUGAAAUGCAGUCACGUAUCACUGAACUCGGGCGAGAGAUGGCACGACUGGCGAAUUCUCCUGCCGUUCUGUCGAAUAAUGACGAGGCACACGGACCGCGGGCGAUUCAUGCAAGUCCAUUCCCAGAGUCCUCGCCCGGGGCUGCGCAAGAUGCCUUCGGCGUUCCUUCUAUCUCCUCAGUUGGGGCUGCGAUAUCGAGCGUGAUGAACACUCCGCGCCGGAUUCCGUCGCUGACUGCUCGUGAAUCGACAAGUCCCCCGCUUGCUUACGUAGCGACACAUCGAACGGGAACCCGCUUACCUUAUCCAACGGGGGACUACGCCAGCCCCGAGGUCAUUUCCCCUACCCAUACUCCUGCUGGGUCACCCCCUGCUAGUUCCCGCCCUACGUCAGCGAUAUUCUCUGGUCUGCCCUCGAUGUCUAGUCCUCUUGGAACCGCGGCGUCAUCGUCACCCCCCGCACGUGCGAUGUCCCCGACGAGCGGCCUUCCUGCCCCGAGCAUGCAAAGUGUUCGGCGUGGAAGCAUCAGCCCCUCUCCAAUGCCAGCUGGGAGGAAACGAUAUACCGUCGCACUUGGUGGCCCAAUUGUGGCGCCUCCAGAAGCCGAAGCAGAGUUCGAACGCGAGAAGGAGCGAGCGGUUAUGGGAACUACUUUUCUCUCGUCUACUACUGAGAGUAGCGAGGACGACGACGAAGACAUGAUGGAGACGGUUGGGAAAAAGGCCGCUUCACGAGCUUUGGCUACUGUGAGGUUGACCAGUGGAAGCGAGACGAACCUGUUCGAGUCUUCUAGCCCGAGGAGUCGUGCAAGAGCGCAGUCGACGUAUGGCGCACCCACAAGUAUGAUGCAGAGCAACCAAGCCGAAGGGAAGCUUCGUUUCAGGUCUCAGUCCACUGAUUUCCGCUCUGACUCGGCAUUCGGGAGCGACCCCCAAGGCACUCCAAAAUUCGUGGACCCCUUGAUUCUACGGCGGCAGUCCAAACCGGAAAAGGGCAAGGGGAACAAACCCCUGGUAGGUCCGGGUAAGAAGGUUCCUGUCGGACAGCUGUGUAUACCCCCUAGCUUGCGUGUUGCUUUCGGUUUUGUGUUUGUCUUGCAGUCUUGUAUGAGAUGUCGGCUUAGUCAGUGUAGUGUGUGGGCCUCUGAGGAACAGACUGCCGAAUCGAGCGUAAUGUGAUGGCGUGAAGCCUGUAUUUCGGCUACUAAUUGGCGGCAGUCCCGCUAGUUGUUUGACCUCCUGUACAUUGUAAUAGUUCCACUUAUCACUCCAAUCUG